CUUAACCAAAUCCAAAUCCCCCCACCACCUCCUUGAUUUGCCGUUGAAGGAAGAAAUGCAAUUUUUCAAAAUUGAACUUUAACUGCUCAGCUUCUGUGUAGAUUAAUGGAUUUGUAGUAAGCCAUUAACAUGGGAAUCUUCAAGGAGAAGAAAAAUGCAUCUGGGCUAGCUACUUCACCUUGUGCUCAACUAAGAGAGGCUUACCAUAAUUGCUUCAACAGGUGGUAUUCUGACAAAUUCUUGAAGGGUGAGUGGAAUAAAGAGGAGUGUGUCAUAGAGUGGAAGAAAUACAGAGAUUGUCUAUCUCAACAUCUGGAUGAUAAGCAUUUAAGUAGAUUCUUGGAAGCUGAUGGUGCUAAUCAAAAUGAUUCAAAGAGCUCUGCUGCUGCUUCCAAGUAACACACAAGUGAGCAUCUUGAAAUACCAUGAAAAGGAAAUGUGAUUUAAAGUAAAGCAUAAUUAGAAUGUUUUUGUAAUUGUAUUUGAUGUCAAGUUAGGUGACAUGUAAUCAAUCAAUGAAAAAGUACUCGAAUUUUCCUCUGAUUGAAAGGCUUUCCUGAGUUUUGCAUGUAAACGUUUGAGUAGAACUAGGCAAGCAUGCUGCAUAACACUGAAAGAUUGUCUUGCAAUAACAAUGCUCCUAUUGAAAAUUUUGACACUUGAUGGAAUUUUAAGCUACGGAUUGUUAGA